CAGGAUGGUUUGGCUCAUUCCAUAAAUUUAAAGGAAUACUUAUGCAACAUUAGACCCAUUGUUUACCUUUCCACUCCCAAUUAUGGUCCGAAGCGCUCGAGCAUAACCAUAGUAGGCUUCCAUUCAGCGUUGUGCUUUUGGUCGCACGGUACUCUUUCCAAUCGAAAAUCUGCAGGGAACUAUACGGUGUUACUCCCUUACCAUCCUCUAGCACAACAUAACCACGAAUCUUAAUAUGCAAGGCGACACGCAGGUGGCCGUCACCGCAAUGCUUGGUGUGGCUCUUCUGUUGGGUGUUGUAACUGUCGUCCGUACGGCACUCCACGUCAUCGCCACUCGACGACUCCCUCUUCCUCCUGGUCCACCGGGACACUGGCUUUUUGGAAACACAUUCCCGACUUCAUAUGCACCUCAUCAGUUUGCUCGAUGGACAGAAGAAUAUGGUCCGGUUUUCUCCUUGAGAAGAGGCACUCAAGUUUAUGUCAUCAUAGGACGCCACCAGGCUGCUGUUGAUAUCAUGGAGAAGGAGGGCGCUUCCUUGGCUGAUCGACCCCGUUCCGUGUCAGCGGGAGAGACACUAUCCGGGGGGAUGAGAGUCUUGACCGUAAGAUUUGGACCGACAUUGAAGAAGCUGCGAAGGGUGCUACACGCUCUUCUACAAGAAAAAUCCUCUGCUACAUACCAACCCAUCCAACUAGAAAAUGCAAAGCGUCUUGUCAUCGAUAUUUUAAAUGAUCCCAAACAGCAUCAGAUGCAUGCCAAACGAUACGCAGCAUCCGUCAUCAUGUCCAUUACAUACGGAAAAACCACGCCUACUGCAUACACUGACCCUGAAGUCACCCAGGUCAACAAAUGUCUUGGCCGUCUUGGUUCUGUUAUUCGACCGGGCACAUACCUAAUCGAUACAUAUCCUAUUAUGAGAUACAUACCCGGAUAUCUUAGUGAGCUCAAAAUAUGGCAUCAGGAGGAACUGGCCCUGUUCAGAGGGCAAAUUGAUAUUGUUCGCAAGCAAAUGGAAAAUGAAGAAGCACGGCCUUCAUUUGCUAAAUAUCUGCUGGAGCACCAGCAGGACUAUGAUCUCUCCGAUAACGAACUUGCAUACGUUGCAGGCUCGAUGUUUGGGGCUGGUUCAGACACGACAGCCUCAGCGAUUUCUAUCAUGAUUAUGGCGGCAGCAGUUCAUCCAGAAAUGCAAGCUUUGGUUCACGAUGAGCUCGAAAAGGUUAUUGGGCGAGAAAGAGCUCCGACAUUUGAUGACCAGAGCAUGCUCCCAAUGGUAACAGCGUUUAUGCUAGAGUCCUUCCGAUGGAGACCAGUCAGUAUCGGAGGGUUCGCGCAUUGUACAACCAAAGACAUCGUUUGGAAUGGUUACUGCAUUCCGACAGGAGCAAUCGUAAUCGGUAACCACUGGGCUAUUGCUAAUGACCCAGAAGUAUUUACCGAUCCCGAGAAAUUCAAUCCAAGGCGGUGGCUAGGAGAUGACGGUCAAUUGAGAGAAGACCUCAAAUUCUUCACCUUUGGAUUUGGUCGCAGAGCCUGUCCUGGUCAGCCUGUUGCUAACCGGUCUGUAUUUAUCAACACUGCACUCAUUUUAUGGGCUUUUCGUAUCUCUCAAAACCCAUCAUAUCCCAUCGACACACAUGCCUUCUCAGAUACUGCAAACACGCACGCAGCACCUUUCCAGGUCAUAUUCGAGAAAAGGAUGUCAGAGGACGAGAUAUACGGCAAUUUACAGGAUAUAUGACAUAUCCCCCCUUCCCUCCAUUGUUAUGGAUAUUUUAUUGCGCAGCUUCUAUAUUUCUAUACUAUUGUUGUAAGAUUUAUCAGAGGAUAAGCUCGGAGGUUCUUCAUGUAUUGUUCCUAGUAUAUCUUUCUUGUCAAACCUUUCCAGUAAUUCAUCAAAUCCAGUUAGUCCACUGUCCUCGUUCCUGGACUUU